AUGACCAUCGCAGCAGCGACGGUUCUACCGACUCGCUCGGCGGCGAUUGUGACGGAUAAAGAUAGGGUCAAGCCGCCUCCAAAGGUGUACCCUGUCCAGGAUCAUCCGUUCAAAGGGUACCAUCCUCCGCAGCCAGAUGGCUAUGAGCAGAGCAAGUCUACGGCCAACACAAGUGCCAUAGUUAUCGACAAUGGCUCCCAUCUUGUCAAAGCCGGUUGGUCGUUCGACAAGAACCCACGAUUCAUCAUCCCACCUGUGAUGAGCCGUUAUCGAGACCGCAAGCUCAACAAGGCGUGCCAAUUCGUCGGUUACGAUGCGUACGUCGAUGCGACAACGCGUGGACAGCUCCGCUAUGCCUUCGAUCCGGGCACGAGCAUAGUGGGUAACUGGGAUGUUAUGGAAGGGCUUCUGGACUACCUGUUCCUGAAGCUAGGAGUGGAUGGCGCAAACGGAGGCGUUGACAGGCCGAUCGUUCUCACAGAGCCGAUCGCAAACCUGACAUAUCCUCGACGGAUGAUGAACGAGAUCCUCUUCGAAUGCUACAACGCGCCGUCCGUCGCCUACGGUAUCGACUCUCUCUUCGCAUACCGCUACAAUAAAGGAACAGACGGUUUGAUCAUCUCGUCGUCACAUACUUCUACACAUGUUGUGCCUGUGCUGAAUUCGAAAGCCUUGCUCUCAAAUUCGUCCCGGUUGAACUGGGGUGGUGCGCAGGCUUCGGAUUAUCUGUUGAAACUCAUGCGAUUGAAGUAUCCAACAUUCCCCGCACGGAUCACAGAAAAUCAGAUGGAGGAUCUCAUUCAUAAGCACUGCUACGUUUCGCAGAAUUACGACGAGGAACUAAGCCACUAUUUGGACUGGUCCGGGCUGGAAGAUAGGGACCAUGUCAUUCAAUACCCAUAUACGGAGCAUGUGGUACAGGAAAAGACGGCGGAGGAACUCGCGCGCAUUGCAGAGAGAAAGAAGGAGAGCGGACGCCGGUUGCAGGAGCAGGCCGCUAAGAUGCGCCUUGAGAAGCUGGUGAAGAAGGAGCAAGAACUUGAAUACUACAAGGACCUGCAGCGUGGUCUUGCUUCGGAGCCUAAGAGAGAAGUCAAGAGGAUAUUGGACGCUGAAGAUCUUAAGGAUGAGGCUCAUCUUGAGAGGACUAUAAGGGAUCUUGAGCGGUCAAUCAAGAGGUCGCGAAACAAGGAUUUAGGGGUAGAGGAGAACGAAGAAACUCCGGAAGAGGCAUCUUUUCCCUUACUUGAUGUCCCUGACGAGGAACUUGAUGAGGCUGGCCUUAAGGAGAAACGUCACCAGCGCUUGAUGAAAUCAAACAUUGAAGCAAGGCAGCGUGCGAAGGCGGAGAAAGAGAGGGAAAAGGCCCGUAAGGAGGAAGAAGAACGACUUGACAAUGAGAGGCGAGAGAAUGACUUCGAGAACUGGAUUGCUGAGAGGAGGGCUGCGCGACAGGCUCUUCUUCAGAAGAUCAAGGAACGAGAAAGGCUAAAGGCCGAUCUUGGAAACCGCAAGUCCCUCGCAAGUCAAAUGCGCAUGAAGACACUCGCCAACCUCGCUGCCGACGGUCCCAAGAAACGUCGCAGAGGCGGUGAUGAUGACACUUUCGGUGCAAACGACGAAGACUGGGGUGUUUACCGUACCGUGGCGACAGGCGAACAAAGUGACGACGAGGAAGAAGAGGACGUUGAGGGUAUGCUGAAGUCAGUCGAGGAACAGCUCCUCAAGUACGAUCCAGAAUUCACAGAGCAACACACCCUUGCAGCGCAAUCGGAUUGGACAAAGAGCCUUGUUCACUCCUUCUUACGUGGACCCUGGCCAUUUGAUCCAGAAAGCCAGCGAGAGGCUCACCAGCUCCAUCUGAACGUGGAAAGAAUCAGAGUACCUGAGGUAGUAUUCCAGCCAUCAAUCGCCGGUGUCGACCAGGCAGGUCUCGUAGAAAUCGCAGCCGACAUCGUCAACCAGCGCUUCUCAAAUGCUGAUGAUCGCGCUCGUUUACUACGUGAUGUAUUCCUUACCGGCGGAAACACCCUAUUCCAAGGCUUCGAGGAGCGGUUCCGCCAGGAAUUCAGGGCUGUUCUUCCUCUCGAGGCGGAGCUCAAAGUUCGCCGUGCAAACGACCCAGUCCUCGAUGCAUGGAGAGGUGCUGCGCAGUGGGCCUCAGGACCAGAACUGGCCAAGUCUUCAAUAUCAAGACAGGAAUACCUCGAGAAAGGAAGCGAGUAUAUCAAGGAACACGAUCUUGGAAACAUGGCAAACAUCGCAUGA